AUGCGCUGGGCAACCGCUGCAUUGGCUGCUGCCAUCACAGGAAAAACGGUCGCGGGAAAUGAAUGCACACAACCAGCUGUGAGAAGGGAAUGGAGGGUUUUGGCUGAACAGGAGAAGGUAGAUUAUAUCGCGGCUGUCAAGUGCCUCACGACGAAGCCCUCCAAGGUUGGCUUGGCGACCAGCCUGUAUGAGGACUUUCCCUGGAUUCACUCUCAGCUGAACUCGAACAUUCAUUUUGUCGCAUCCUUCUUGCCCUGGCACCGCUGGUUCGUGCAUCUCUAUGAGAGCGAGCUCCGUGGACAGUGCAACUACCGUGGGACAAUGCCGUACUGGGACUGGACUCAGGACUCUGGCGCCCUACCCUCCGCACCUGUGUUCCUAGAAUCUACAACAAGUGGAUUCGGUGCCGGUGGACUUCAGAACGAGUUUCAGUCGCCUACACGACCAAACCCAUUGACAUCUUGCGUCACCACCGGAGCUUUUGCCAAUCUCAGCUUGACAUACUAUACUACUACCGAGCGAACGCACUGCUUGAACCGUUCAUUCAACAAUGGAACUGGAUCAUCGCCGACGGAUGACUCGUGGCAAGCUGCGCUGUACUCACCUGCAAUGAUCGCCAACAUUACGGAUAAAUCGCCUAGUUUCGAGAAGUUCUGGGUUGAACUGGAGAACAAUCCCCACGGGGCUAUACAUAACUCGAUCGGGGGCGACAUGGUGCCGUCAACAUCACCCAAUGAUCCUCUCUUCUUCCUCCAUCACUCCCAGGUCGAUAGGCUUUGGUGGAUAUGGCAGCAGAAGGAUCCUAUGACUCGCAAUUCGGAUUAUAGUGGCAACAAAUAUCCUUAUGACGAUGAGACGCCAGCAUCAUUGGCUGACACUAUGACUUUUGGCGGGCUUAGCACCAAUAUCACAGUUGCCGACGUUAUGUCCACAAUCAGAGGGGGCCUUUGCUACGGUUAUGCUUGA